AUGGACGCCGACCUUGGGUUUCAGAGCUCGGGCACAACUUCUUGUGUGACACCAACUAAUCGCUUGCUGAGGAAACAGCUCCUCAAAGGCACCAUCAUCGGCUCCGGCAUCUUCGUCACCCCUACCGGCGUGCUGCGGGAGGCCGGCUCGCCGGGGCUGUCGCUGGUGGUGUGGGCCGUCUGCGGGGCCUUCUCCAUCGUGGGUGCCCUCUGCUACGCUGAGCUGGGCACCACCAUCACCAAGUCCGGCGGGGACUAUGCCUACAUGCUGGAGGUGUACGGCUCCCUGCCCGCCUUCCUCAAGCUCUGGAUAGAGCUGCUCAUCAUCCGGCCCUCCUCGCAGUACAUCGUGGCUCUGGUCUUCGCCACCUACCUGCUCAAGCCCAUCUUCCCCACCUGCCCGGUGCCCGACGAGGCUGCCAAGCUGGUGGCCUGUCUCUGUGUCCUGCUCCUCACAGCAGUGAACUGUUACAGCGUGAAAGCUGCUACUCGUGUUCAGGAUGCCUUUGCUGCGGCAAAACUGCUGGCACUGGCUCUGAUCAUCAUUCUUGGCUUCGUGCAGCUUGCAAAGGGUGAUGUGACAAACCUGACUCCUGAGCACUCCUUCGAAGGCACAAAAGUAGGCGUGGGGAACAUUGUGUUAGCUUUGUACAGCGGUCUCUUUGCCUACGGAGGAUGGAAUUACUUGAAUUUUGUUACAGAAGAGAUGAUAAAUCCCUACAGAAACCUGCCGCUGGCUAUCAUCAUCUCACUACCUGUAGUCACUUUGGUUUACGUGCUGACAAACUUGGCUUACUUCACGACCCUGUCGACGGACCAGAUGCUGACAUCCGAAGCCGUGGCUGUGGAUUUUGGGAACUAUCACCUUGGCGUCAUGUCCUGGAUCAUACCCGUCUUUGUUGGCUUGUCGUGCUUUGGAUCCGUUAAUGGAUCUCUCUUCACUUCUUCCCGGCUGUUCUUCGUGGGAUCCCGAGAAGGACACUUGCCUUCAAUCCUGUCUAUGAUUCACCCCAGGCUUCUCACUCCCGUGCCAUCCCUCAUCUUUACAUGUGUCAUGACCCUGCUCUAUGCCUUCUCCAACAACAUUUUCUCAGUCAUCAACUUCUUCAGCUUCUUCAACUGGCUGUGCGUGGCUCUGGCCAUCAUCGGCAUGAUGUGGCUGCGUUACAAGAAGCCAGAGCUGGAAAGGCCCAUCAGGGUGAACAUCUGCCUGCCCAUUUUCUUCAUCCUGGCCUGCUUGUUUCUCAUUGCUGUUUCCUUCUGGAUGACACCGAAGGAAUGUGCGAUUGGCUUUGCAAUCAUCUUCAGUGGGAUCCCUGUUUACUUCUUCGGGGUCUGGUGGCAAAACAAGCCCAAGUGGGUUCUCCAAGGCAUCUUCUCUGCAACAGUCCUGUGCCAGAAACUGAUGGAAGUGGUUCCGCAAGAAUCAUAAGCAGGAAAAGCAGAGACAUUCAGCUCGAGGAAACGCACAAUAUUAUUUUAAGACGACACAAGGAGAAAACGCUUCUGAUCCCUCGUAAACGAAACCUAGGCACUGGAGCACCCCGUCAGAGCUGCUUCGUGUCUGACACCAUGCCCCCGGCUCUGCCUUGCCUCCUCCAGCCCCUCCGUCGCCACCCUUUAGCCUGGCAGAUGAGCAGCCCUGCGAUGAGAAGUUCUUGGUACGAACGUGGGCCAGGAGGAGGAAUUCCUGCCGGCAGCUUCAAAGGGGUCCUGCCUGUCUGGCAGCAGCAAGUCCGAUCCGCCUCUGUGUGUGUGUGAUACUGAGGGCUGUACUUCAGUUCUGUGUAGACUUACUUGGUUUGGGUCUGGGAUCCCCGAGACGGCGGCAGAUCUGCUCACAAACCCGGUUUGAGUGUUGCCAGCUGUACAAACGUGCCUGUGUCUGGGGCUGGGACUGUCGCAGAGCCGCAGGGUGGUCCUGAGCCUGGCCCCCCUGGCCUUACCUGGUCAAGGGCGGGUGGUUGGGAAACGAACGUUGGCUGAUGUUGGCUCACACGCUCACACACACACAAACUCAUACCAAAAUACAUGCUGCUGGACGCUUUGGACUCUGUCCACGGGCAGUGGCUUAGGUGAGACAAGGCAGAGCAGAAUUAGUGUCAGAGAAAUGAUGUGGGGAGGCCUCGUCUGACUUUAAUUGUGUUCCUGACAAGAGCACUCAGGGUCCCUUGCCACUGCCUGGCUUUUAACUCUCAGAUCCAAGCCAUCUCCCUGCUAUUGAGCCAGUCCUCCGGGAUGCUCUUCACCAGAAUGCCCAUCCCGUGGCCCUGUGAAUUAGCACUGGGGCAGGUGCAGGCCUUGGGGGGGGAGUUCCUCCUGAUAAACCCAGGGAAUUGCAAUCAGCAGAAGGCCAAGUCCUUGGCUUGCUCACUCCAUGUUUUUCUGUAGAUAGGCUAUCAUCCAGCAUGGGAUGAGCAACAUCAUGCUCUCUAAAUGGCCCUGUUGAUUGCCCUUGGUGCGAUUCAUGUUCGCUCCUAAACCAUUUGCAAAGAGAAAAUAAGGGUGGGAUUCCCUUGGCUCGUUCCCUGGGGUCGGUCUGCGCAUUGCCUGUCACCGUGCCCUUCGUUAUGCUGUGUCUCUUCUAGAACGUGCAGUGGAGAUGGGACCAACUGGAUCUGGGGGUGUAGAAAGGGGCAGAUGUCCCCGGAUGGCUGGAGCCUGGCUUCAAUCUCAGUCUGCUGUAGAUGGUCUGUUUUGCUCUAAGGAGGGACUGGGGGCCGUUCCUCCUUCGUGCAAAACCGCAGCACCAGGUUUGGCUUGGCGAGAUGCCCCCACCAACGUCCUCCCGUUCAGGGAGUGGUCUUUGAGCAUGAACCACGAUCCACAUGUGAAAUCUUGUUCUGCUGUGUGGGUGGUGCAGUCCCGUCCCCUGAGCCCACCCAAAAUUCCUCUAGUUCCCAAGUAAUCAAAACUCCUCUUAGGAACAUGUUGCUUUAUUUGGUCAAAAGCAUCACCUUUUCAGCAAAACUGCAGUUCUUGAACAAUUUGCUCAUAAUGCCUCCGCACUCAAUGUGAUAGUCAGUUGGAAAUCAAAAGCAUCUUUUUCCCCACAAGUGAGCUGCUUCGGCCUCUGUCACGGAUCUUCUUUGUGCUUGUGCUUUGUGCAAAUAGGCUGUUGAACUACUUUUUCUCCUCAAUAUUUUUGUAAACUAAGCUUGUUUGGAAGCCGGCUGGAUUCUCCUGUUAGCAUAGAGUUAUUUUGGAUGAAGAGGCAUUAAGGACACCAAUGGUACUAGCUCAUGCUUUGUCCUUUUAAGAAGUUCUUUAGCAAAAAAAAGCGUGUGUUAUAGCAGGUGGCAGCUUCUGUUCAAGUGUGUGUGACGACGACUGUGGCUAUGUCAACGAGUGUCUACACGCAGCUCUUGGCUAUUGCUUCGCCAACCACACGUCUUUGCUUUGAGGCAGUGCAGGAGGAAUAGGUGAGACAAUCAUCACGCUGAAAACCUUUGCUGUCAGGUUGCUUAUUCCGUGGCAGCGCAGUGUAGAGAUACCCAAGCCAGCUCAGGUGCCACUUUACACGUGUUAGCGCUGCGCUCUCCCGGAGCUAAGGUAACCUGUGGAGAGUUGCAGCUGGUUUGGGUACAUCUACAGUGCAGAAGAACCCAAAGUUAUGGCCAGUGCCUGGCUGUUCAGGGACCUAUGUGCAAUGAACUGGAGCAUCUCAGAUCCAGUGCCUGCGGAGAGGCUUUUGCAUAAAUAAGGUCGCGAACCAUAAAACCUGAAUUCAAUUUUUGGAAUCCUCUUCCAGCUGAAGGCUGAGAUGUUUUGGCAGGGUAGCGAUGGGAAAUCGCUGCUUAUGCUGGCCCUGCUUCAUCGCGAGAGAACCUCAGUCUGUCACCUUCCACUUGGUCUGCAGUUUUUUGUCUGUCAUUACAGACAAAAUGUAACGUCUCAGGGCCGGUUUCCUGCAGGGCCUGGGUUCAACGUAGGGGCUCCCAGUGCUAAUACGUACCGGUGGAAUGACCUGUGAUGCAAAGGAAAGGGAUUUUAACUCUCGGCCGCCUCAAUCCAAUGUAAAUUAGCACUCGAGUCCGAGCCACAGAGAGCUCAGAAAUGGGUCCAAAUCUCCCAAAGGCGUGGGAGUUGCUUGGUUUGGACACAUCUUUAAAUGACUUCCAUCAGUGAUGGAAGACCCAUCACUACACAAUAUCCUCCUGGUGAACCUUUCACACUGGUUUUAAAGGGGAGAUGUCACACUGAGAAAUAUUUUUUUAUCAAUUAACUGAUCUUAAUUAAAUCCUUAACUCGCUCGCUUGCUCUUGAUGAAUUUUCAUGAUUCUUCACUUGCUGCUAAAGAUCUUUCUCUUGUACUAACCUGCUGGCUCUGGCAUUGAUACCAUAUGUCUCGUGGUGAUCUCGCCAGCGUCUCCAUGGCAAUAGAGGUAUAGGAAGAAACUGAACCAGGCACCAGCACAGAAUGACAAAAAUGUUGAAUUUGGUCAGCCACAGCUCACAUCUCAAAGUUUACCUUUCAAAAACCUGAUUUCUUUUAUCCCUGAUUCAUUGACUCCGAUAGUUCCCCUCUACCAGAGCUUGGUGACAUGGCUGUAACAGGUUCAGUUAUUUUUUCCUGGCUGUUAGGGAGAUAAUGCGUAAGGGGGUAAAACUGAAUUCCAUUGUAUAAAGAAAACACAGUACAGUAAUUUUCACUCCAAUGGGUGAAGCUGCUGUUAGCAGCAUCUGCUGUCCAGCACGACAGCUUGUAACUCAGAUCAGCAACCAGGAGGGGCUUGCCAUGUUCGGCUGGAUUUUUGUAUGGGAAAAGAGAGAAUCCCUCCCCAUGAAAGACCUCCUUGCUGCUUGUUCCCCUCGAAUGUGGAAUGAGAUGUGUCAUGGAGGGUGAGGGGAGCAGCAAAGACUUCACAGAAAAUUUCUCAUCAUUCCCGGCACCAGACGUGGGAUUUUUCUGUUGUUUCUCUGUUUGCCUGUGCUCUUUUGAGCCUGUGAUCAGUCACGCCUGUUGCAACCCACCAAGGGAGAUAAACCCUUCCUGCAAAGGACACACACAACCACAGUGACCGCGGCUUUGCUUUCCUAAACAGUAGCUACAGUUAAACGAGGUACCACGUGAAUCUAUUUCAUGUGACAGUAUUCUGCAAAUACAGCCGGAGCGGUCGUGUCAGCAGAAUCAUAGAAUCCUUUUAAAGUUGGAAAAGACCUUUAAGAUCAUCAAGUCCAACCGUGGAGCCGUGGCUGCGUAUUUCUGCAAGCGGUGGCUGUGCCGCAGUAGUCCUUUGGUCCUUGUACUAAACCCCCUUUCAAUUAUCGCUCUUCUUAGCUUGUUUUUAAGUAUUUAGACUCCCAGGCAGUCAGUUGUUAGGGGUGUUCACGGAGUAGCAUCCCGCAGGGAUUGCUAAACAGUUGGGCAGGGGCAUGCAGGAACCGGCGGGCAGGCGCUUCCUUACCCGUUGGGUUCCCCUUUCUAAAUGAGAAACCUUCCCAGCUGAGAGGGAAACCAGCCCUGCUCAGCCCUGCAAAAUGCUCCUGGCCAAAAAUGGGUGGGAUUUAAGUCAUUCUGGGUGGAUUUUUUUUUUUUUAACUUCCUGCAGUAUUUGCAGUGUUUUCCAUCUCAGAUACCGUGUUCUGGUAAACGUGCUUUUGUUUUUAAUGGCACCCUCUGUGGAUACUAAGUUCAAAGGGACUCUGUCACUGUUGAACAAACUUUAAAGAUCCUUCAACUGGAUUGAAACUCGUUAAGAAGCGGCUCUGUCGUUCUCUGAGCCCUCUCCCUGCGGGCAGCUCAGGCAGAGCAAUAAAUUGGGCUCCUCCAUGGGCUCCUCCCCUGUGGGUCUGCCCCGAAAGCAGAGCCCUCGAGGGGCAGCGGCGUGGCAGCAGAGCUCUUCCCUGCGGCCGCGACUUCCCAACCACGGAGAGAUGUUUGCAGUGGCAGAGUCUUGGCCCAGCUGUGGGGAAUCGCGGGGAAGGUUUCCUCUCAGCCUGGGAAGGUACCUGUGCCUUCAGCUGAGGCUACAGCGUUCUCGGGCUUUAAUAAAAAAUAAAUAAAAUUAAAAAAAAAAAAAGGAAACAGCCAAAUGUUGUCAUUACGCAACGCUCUGGCUGUUUGGGGCUAUUCUUGUGGGACGCCAGCUUUUCCAUCAACUGGUUGUGCAACUCCAUGUCUAAUGACAUCAAAGGGGAAGGCGAGGUUGGCCAUUGAGAAAGGGCUGGAA